AUGCCACACAAACAUCGUUCCAGAUCCCUCUCAGCUUCAGAGAGCAACACCAGCAGCGACUCUUCUAUUUCCUCAAUGGAACACUUGCAACUUCACCUCAAGAAGUCAUCUAAAAAACGCGGGCACAAAUCUGAUAAAGGUGAUCGAGAAGUCAAGAAAGCUAAGAUCUCGAAAGAGAACAACUCCAAACUCGAAGUUCAAGAGGAGUAUCUUGCGGCAGCACAUGCCAUGGCACGUUGCACUGAUCUGUUUUGCAACAUGGAGAAACUCCUAAGGGUAGGUCUACUCCUACAGCAAGAGCAGGCCAUGGAGAAUGGAGAAUUGGAAGAGUCAGAGGCCGAGCGCGAAUCCUGUCAGAAAAGGCUUGCAAGUCUUUCAACCAAUACCCUCAAUCAGUACAGGCACAACUAUCAGCAGUUGCUUCAACUGGCUCCAGGACUCCGAUCACUUAUUGCUGAUUGCGCGAAAUCCAAGGAACUCACUCAGAUCGCACAAAAGAUGACUGCUGUUAUCAGUGGAACACGUUCAGAUGAUGCAACUCGCUUGAAGGCCCAAAUCGGCCACUAUGUGGCGCCUGAACCAUUAAAAGAAGGUUUGAAGCCUACAAUCUUACAUUAG